UGCCUCCCCAGGAGCUCCAUGUUCAGAUUCCUUUAACCGUAAAUAGCUUCUGCUCAUUGGCCGCUUCCUCAAGACUAAGCCCCACCCCUUCACACAAUACCCGUCAUUCAUUGGUGUCACUUCCUGUCACCCAGCAUUUCUUUCAGUUAAUUGGCUCUACCCAGACCCCGGUCCUUUCACGAUUAGCGACCCUAUAAGGGAAAACUCCUGUCCGAGUCCCGCCUCUGCCUUCUUCCUGUUGGUCAACCGCACGGUCAUUAUCGUAAUGAGCAAAGACUGGGCGGUGGCCUGUUAGGUUUUCGGAGGCAAGAUCUCUGUCCUUGAGUUAGUUCUAGGGUGUCAAGAGUGGACGCGCUUGGCGUUGGUCGAGAGAACGCCAGCAGCUGGUCUUGGGCCGGUCAAUAAGUUAGGGCAAAAGCUAGAAAACGAGACAGAUCUUUUUUUUUUCAUCUCACCUCUUUCGGUGCCUGGUCUGGAUCCCUUCCCUGCACUAGUUUUAAGUCCCAACUCACCUUGUGACCUGAAGCCAGUAUCUUCCUGUCGCUGGGUCUCAGUUUUCCUGUCUGUGAGCUAAGAAGUUUUAAAUCGGAACCUUUGGGAUUUAUCUGAUGAGGAAACAGGCCCAGAGAGGUUAAGUGACUUGGCAAAAGUCAAACACCUAGUGAGUGGUGGAGCCAGGACUCAAACCCAGUCUAGGAGCCAUGUCCACCUUGUUCCCUUCACUCUUCCCCCGGGUGACUGAGACACUGUGGUUUAAUCUGGAUCGGCCUUGUGUGGAGGAGACAGAGCUGCAGCAGCAGGAACAGCAGCAUCAGGCCUGGCUUCAAAGCAUCGCAGAGAAAGACAACAACCUGGUACCUAUUGGCAAGCCAGCCUCAGAGCACUAUGAUGAUGAGGAAGAGGAGGAUGAUGAAGACGAUGAGGACAGUGAAGAGGACUCAGAGGAUGAUGAGGACAUGCAGGACAUGGACGAGAUGAAUGACUAUAACGAGUCACCUGAUGAUGGAGAGGUCAAUGAGCCUCCUCUCCAGGUGGACAUGGAAGGCAACGAACAGGAUCAGGACCAGUGGAUGAUCUAGGUAGACAAGGCAGGGUGGCCUCAGGGCGAUUCCAGGCCAGCCUAACCUACCCUACAUCCCUGCCCUAGUCCCUCAGCCUGCAGAACCAGCUGAUGGCCCCAAUGCCUAAAAGCUCACCCUUGGGCACUUCCUCAGCUGCUGCAAGAACCUGGUCUCCUUGACCCCUCCUAGGCCAUCAGUUGGCCCUUGAAUUCCCAGAGCCUGAGCCUACCCCACCUGCCUGGUCAGUACCUCACCCCUUGGUUGCCAGGUCUGGUUUCUUUCUAACUCUCUUUAAUAAAGACACAGGAAUGACUUUC